AUGGCUAAUAAGACUUCGUCCGCUCUCUCAGAAUGUAUUAUAGAUAAUAAUGAAGUCCAAUUCAAAACUGCUGAUUCACUAGAGGAUUUGACCAAAUUUGAGAACACAGAUUCACGAAAACAGUUGUUUAAAAUUGAUGUA